CACGAAGUGGCGAAAGAACUAGCGAAAAUGAAUAUUUGGUAUUGCCACUUGCGAAUUUAUAAAAUUCGCUUCGCCUCAACUGUCAAAAUUUGGCGAACGUUUAUUUGAUUCGAGAACGUAAUUAAAAAUGGAGAAAACGAUAAAACGAACUACUCAAAAGCAAUUUGAAGUACUGGUGAGGUUGAUGGAAGGAAAUCCCGAGCUAGCCAGAGGAAUGGCGCCGUUUGGCUCAACAAAAAAAAAUAGGAUGGAGUUGUGGGAAGGUAUUGCUUCAGAGUUGAACAAUAUCGGCCCUCCAAUACGUAGUGGAAGCGAAUGGAAUAAGGUUUGGUUGGACUAUAAGCUAAAAUUAAAAAGAAAAAUUGCUGAUAAUCGAAAGGAGAUGACAGCCACAGGUGGAGGACCAUACAACCAACGGAGUUUAACGCCUUUGGAGCAGGCCGUGGACGAGCUGCUCAGCUUGCAGCAGGCAGUAAAUCCAAGCGGAGCCGCAUUUGGUAGCACUACACCUGCACCUGCACCUGCACCUGCAUAUUUAGAUGAAGAACAUCUGGAAGAUAUCGAGGUGCAGCCUGAACAGGCUGGAAAUGUUAGCAUUUCGUCUAGGCAGGCACCUACAAGCAGAGUGGAGGACACUUUGGGCACUUGUUACCUCGUAAGCCUGUUGUUAUAUUUUAUAGAGUUUCCACCAGACCUCAUCACACUACGACGACGUGUAGACAUACAUUUUAAGUUCAACUUUUGGAACAUAAUUUCUUGGAUUUAAAUCCAAUUUCUGCUGCAACUAACACGUUGACCUGAGAACUGCGCGCACAACGGCAACAACUUUGCUGUGAAAGAAAUCGGCAGCACUACAAGAAUUACCUGAAUUUUCGAAAAUAGUCAAUAAGCGAUACCCAACUGUGUCUAAUUUAGUCCGGUUUGGCAUUCCACAUCGUUCAAGUUCAAGUAAUUACCUUAUCUGCGAUUUUCUAAAGACCGCUGAGAUGCGCUUAACGCACAGCUGUAGUAUCUCCAAAAAGCCAUCGAAACUUAACAUUACUUGUAAUUCAUAAAUUCUUAGCGCUGGCAGUCGCAAUUGUGCAUUAAAUUCAUUAAAAUGACACAAA